UACGUGCUCUUCUUUCACUAUUGACGAAAAACGGCGUCAACACCUCCUUUAUCUGAUGAUGAUGUUGACCCAUUUGGCGAUGACAAUGAUGAGAUGGGUGAAAUCCCACAAGAUGUUAAAAUUUCGAAGAUAUAUAGGGGCAAAACAGUUUGUGCUGACGUCAUAAAGGCUAGAAGUGAGGGUCAAAAAUUAGUGGUUGAAUAUAAUCAAUUGAGGAUAUCAAUUGGAAAGGGGGCAAUGAAGAUGGCAAGUCGUAUUGGAGUGUUGGCAUGUUGUCAUAUUCCUUUGAAUAUCGAUGACUGGAGGUUGGUCCCAAAUGAAACUAAAGAGCUAAUUUGGAAGGAAAUUAAUGAGUCAUUCGAUGUACAGGCCACAUCUAAAGUUAAAGUUUUGAGUGAAGUCUGGGACCGAUGAAGAGAUUGGAAGAGUUGGUGAUGAUACCUUCCACUCAACAUCCACAACCCCAAAGCUUCCGCGUGUAGAGCCAUUGACACAGGAGGUAGUGUCAAUCUCUCACAAUGAUUUGACAUC